AAUUAUUCAAAACUUACACUGAUAAUGAUUUUUACUGCAACACCAAAAGUAUGCUCAUGUAAACUUUUCAAUAAAAAAUAAUAGUAAGGAUUUAAAUUGUGACAGUCAUAUUCUAGUCUGAUAAUAGCAAUAAAAUGUAUUGGAAUGAAUUAAAUCCCCAAAAGAAAAUCAUACCUUUUAAAUUUGAUGAUUCAAGUAUUAAAAGAACUAAGACUCGUGCUGUAAUUAAACUAAAGACAACAAUAAACAAAUUUAUCAAUUUAUUUUUUUCAUCUUCGAACAUUCACGGAUUUAACCAUUUGACACAUGAAAAUAGACAUUUCAUAGAAAAACUUUUGUGGGUCAUCGUUAUAUGUUUCUGUAUUUACGGUGCAAAACAAAUAGGAGAAUCAACAUGGACUCGCUAUCAAGAAAAUCCAACUGUCAUAUCGAUGGAGAGAGAUUAUAAAGAAUGGUCUACAGCAUUGCCAGCUAUAACUUUGUGUCCAACAGAUAACUUGGAUAACCAAAAGUUCGAAGAAAUUAUCGAAAAAGAAUAUCCAGGAAUUUCCGAAGAUGAAAAGUCGGAGCUGCGAGAAUUCUUAGUAUUGUUGGCAAAUGCUACUUAUGGAACAUUUAAAAAAUUGCCUUUUUACGAUAAAAUAAAACCUUAUAAAUAUUUAUCGUUAGUUGAAAAUCUCCAAAUACACAUCAUGUACACUAUUACAAACAGCAACAUGGAGGGAUAUGCGCUUUUUAAUUUAGUGUCAACUAUAUCUGAACUCGGAUUUUGUCAUACUUACAAUGGAGAAAUUGCUCCCUAUAAUGAUUAUUACUAUUGGAUGCAGAAUAAUAGAACCAUUUUGCCUACUAAAGGUUUCUUAUCAGGAACACCAUUAGAUGGAGAUGUUUUUACUCAAAUAACCUCUAUGAAUUUUGGUUAUAUAGGUUUCUUACAUUCACCAUAUGAAGCUCCUGAUAUUGCUAAUCGAAUAUAUUCUUCACCAGAAAGUUAUUACAAAACUUUGGAUGUAUCCGCUUUAAGCAUAUACAGCACUAGCGAUAUAAUAUCUCUCAAACCCAAACAGAGAGGUUGUAGGUAUACAUAUGAAAGCGAAUUAAAAACAAGUCCCAUUUACACGUACAAUUUAUGUCGCAAUGAAUGUCGGAUGGAACAAGCCAAGCGACUUUGCGGAUGUGUACCAUUUUUUUACAGACCAGACCCAAGCUUUAAGAUCUGUGAUGUUAAAGGAAUGCAUUGUUUAGAUGAAUAUGAAGAUUACCUUGUAAAACUCAGAAAUACAUCCGAUGAUAACAAGAAAGUUUUUUGUGGAUGUCUUCCCCCGUGUGAUGAUGUGAGUUAUAUUGUAGAAGGAGAAAAUACUAUUCAAUGGUUUCUUGGAACUAAUUUAAAAUGGGGCUUAAUCAAAUUUCCGAAAAUGCGUUUGAAAAGAAAUUUGCUGUUUGGGUUUACAGACGUUUUAGUAUCAAUUGGUGGUGCAGCUGGGCUGUUUUUUGGCUGUUCGGUAUUGAGUUUUUUAGAGAUUAUAUACUUUUUAACACUACAACUAUUUUGUAUAGCUUUUACAAAGAGAGAAAAUAUUUAA